ACGGUAUAAGUGACCAACUUUCUAAUCCAUUAUUAGUCUCUCGCUUGAAUUCUCCUUCUGCUAUGUGUGUCCAAAGACUACACUGAAAUGAGUCCUAUGAAGAGAAUGAACUGCACGGUCAUCUCACUAGUACGGCGCCGCAUAAAACCGCAGGUCGUGAUUCAGAUACCGCAAUACAGACACGCGUCAACCAGCGCGAAUCCAUACCCUUUCCCUGGUCACCCUAAUCCCACCCCUCAUCAAAUCUUCCACCUGCCUCGUAAUGCUUCAAAGGGGGAUGUGAAGGCACGAUACUAUGAUCUCGUCAGGAUUUACCAUCCUGAUUCUCCUGUCAACCGUAUGGUAUCUCCAGCCAUCGCUCAAGCAAGGUUCCAGUCUAUCGGUGCUGCCUAUGACGUACUUCGGGGCAAAGGCCGAGCGACGGGUUCAGACCCGGAUGAUCCUGCAUCGUCAGGCGGCGUCCAUGAUUAUCAUGACUUGAGUACCGCGAUGUGGAGGGCGAAACAAGGGCGCAGGGCAGACUUGAACGGUGGAAUCGACGAGCGAUGGAAGGACCGUUUGAUUUUGGGUGGUGUUGUACUGACCAUCGCAGGCUUCGUAGCCCAAACCUACUCAACAAGACGACAUGCGCUCUCAGCCGCUUUCGAAAACGCUCGCGAGGACCCCUUUGUCAGACGUUCGACCCGUUCAUCAGUUGACGAUUCCGCACUCACCAGCGAUGUUCCUCCGACAAAGCAUCAGUAGCCAACGUGUAAUAUGGCAAUUGCUUUCUGGCCUCAUAUGCGACUGCCGGACGUAGGUGUUCUUGAAGGCCGUCUGUAGACCAUAACUCCCGCAAACGGAUUACUAGGGCUAUGCAACCCUUAGACUUCCUUGGGAGCCAUGCUAUCAAGCGGGAAGCUUAUAACAGGAUUUCGUAAGGUAGAAACGGUUCACGCUUAAUGUCAUGUACAACAAUAUCUUUAUAGUUGAUGCAGACAGUAUACGACAUACAUUUGUAAUUCU